UUUCUUGCACCAAUUAAAGAUUUCCACAUUUGUAGAAUUUUUAUGAAACAGAAUGCAUAAAGCCUUAAACAUCAACACGCGAGAUACCGAAUUUUCUGACCUUGAAAGCGGAACACACCGUCGAAGAAAAUCCGAACAACUUCUCUCAUAAUGGAUGAUUAGAAUCGUAGAAACUCUUCUCGCACCGUAUGCCAACCAAUAACCAUGUAUGUUUCACACUCUCAUCCCAUCUAACCUUCCAUUGAGAGAACAUUUCAAACUUCUAAUCGGGUCGGGUUGGAUGGUAAGUACCCACCAAGGACCCAUAUAGUUUAAAUUGUUAAUAAUGGGCCUAAAACUACCCGCCCAAUAUAUAUAUGUACUCUACAUUUUUGAUGGUUUUUAAAAGAUUUACAUUUUGUGUCGACGAAAGAAGAUCAUAACAGAGUUCAGCGAAAAUGAAGCUACGCUUGAGACUUCACGAGACGAGAGAAACCCUAAAACUUGAAUUGGCUGAUACAGACACUCUCCAUGAUCUCCGGCGACUGAUCAAUCCAACGGCGCCUUCCUCCGUUCAUCUAUCACUUAAUCGUAAAGAAGAGCUCCUCGCGCCUUCGCCGGAGGCUACGCUCCAAUCUCUUGGUGUAACAUCCGGUGACCUAAUUUACUACUCUCUCGAUCAAUCUGCUUUUGUUUCGAACUGGAAAUUGGGAGAUUAUGAAACCCUAGGUUCACAAUCUGAGAGGAACAAGGCGGUUGUUCACGAUUCCAUGGAGGGUCCAGUGCCAAUGGAUGUUGUGGAGCUCGCUGCCACUAAAAGCAAAAGGUUAAGCAUACCAUUCUUUUUGAAAAAUGUAUUGCUUGAGAAAUGUGGUGAUACCAGUGACUUAACUGCUUUGGCUUUGUCAGUACAUGCCGUUAUGUUAGAAUCUGGAUUCGUGCUGUUGAAUCAUGGCUCUGAUAAGUUUAGCUUUUCAAAGGAGUUACUCUCAGUAUCUCUAAGGUAUACUCUGCCUGAGCUCAUUAUCCGUAAGGAUACCAAUACAAUCGAGUCCGUUACUGUGAAGUUUCAGAACUUAGGCCCUAGGCUUGUAGUUUACGGAACUUUAGGUGGGUAUGGUGGGCGAGUGCACAUGACUUAUCUUGAUAAGCGUAGAUUUUUGCCCGUUAUUGAUUCGGUUGUGGAUACUUUAAAGUUUGAAAAACAAGGCUCUUCGAGCUACUACCGCGAAGUGUUCAUGUUGUGGAGAAUGGUAAAAGAUGAUCUUGUUAUCCCGUUGUGGAUUGGUCUUUGUGAUAAGGCUGGCUUGGAAUCUCCACCUUGUCUGAUGCUCCUACCGACAGAGCUAAAGCUGAAGAUACUAGAGUCGCUUCCUGGUGUGAGUAUUGGAACUAUGGCUUGUGUUUGUACAGAAAUGAGGUAUCUGGCAUCAGACAAUGAUUUGUGGAAACAGAAAUGCUUGGAAGAAGGUAAGGAUUGUCUUUGGAAAUUGUUAACAGGAAAUGUUGAUUGGAAGCGUAAAUUUGCUUCUUUUUGGAGAGAAAAACGACUCAGUCUCCUAGCAAGACGAAACCCGAGCAACCCUCGAUUUCCUCCGAUAAUUCGUGACCGUGGAGACCCUCGAUACCCUUUUGACCGUCUCGUCCCAAGAGACCCUUUCGACCGUUUCAGCCCAAGAGACCCUUUCUACCAUUUCGGUCCAAGAGACCCUAGAGACCUUGGCCCUUUCCGUAUUCACCCGGAUGGGCCUUGGCGGACGUGAGUAUGGGGGCAGAGCUUUACUCCCAGAUGCGAUCUUGGAAUUACGCGACUAGCAGACAUGCGGAGUGAUCAAAUGGAACCGGUGACAGUAGGAGAAGUCAGUUAUGUAACGAUUCCUACAAAUAAAAUCACUUGGAUACUAAUAUCUUUGAGUUUUUAAUAUUUCUUUGUUUUUGGAUGGUGUUCUCUUGCUCUGGCAAGCAAUGAUUAUGCUUUUAUAUUUGGGUUGCUCUUUUCUGAGGUUUGCAAAGACGAUUUUGAGUGAAA